CGACAAAGUGGAAUGUUCAACGCCCGGUUGUAAAGCGGUCUACUGUCAGAGCUGCUUUAAUGAGUCGAACAAAAUGUGUUGCAUUUGCAAAAAUCCGGUGGAGUAUGGCGAUGACAGUGACAUCUCGGAGGAGAUAGAUUCUUCAGAUGAUCCGAAUGCCGUACGCGUGCCGCACGAAAGCGAUAAAUAUUGUAUUUGGGUGCCAUAAGACGUAACAGGAAGAAAAAGAAGCUUCUAUUGAACUUUCAAACCAUUUAAUUUUUCAAUAAAUUGUAUUUGCUUUUACUGAAUUCACUACCAUUCGCUGUUGUCGAGUAUGGCAGCCAUGAUACGGUGCGACCACUGGCUAUUUUAGCGGAUUCCGCAUAGCAAAGCAAACCGACCCAACCCAACCUAGCCAACUAGGGGCAAAUGCAGAAUAACACCAACGUGCCAAUUUUGGCUAAGACGCAGCUGCCGUUGGGCGAUUGGAGUGAGCAAUUCUACAAUGCUUUCAAUGCUUUCAUUCAACACCCCAAACGGGGCUGUGCCCAAAUAAGUAAGCGAUAGACUAAACAAGCUGCCCCUCCUCGUGCCAGUUGGUUAGCCGUUUCUAUGUCGAUUUGGCUUGGGGGCAAAUGAAGCAAUACGACGGCGACGGUGGCGGUGGCGGCCACGACUGAUCAGUGAAAAUGCUGCAACACUGAUGUGAUCAACAUCAACAGCGAGUAAAUGGACAAAUUGUCCGUUGUUUACGAUCGCAGCUGAAGACACACAUAUCUUCUACCUAUAUGCCGCCGCCUUAUAUGUUACCGUUGCAAGCUAGCUGGGGACUUUAGUCUGUACGUUAUCGUCGCCACGUCGAUCGCUGCGUUUCCAUAUGGUCACCUCUUGGCAAGCAGUCGCUACUGUGGGAUUACUUACAGCUAAGGGCAGAGAAAUGGUGCAGUGAGUUUAUUCAAACUCAAAUGCUAGUAAUUGGCGUUGAUAGACCCUGACUAAGCUUCUCAUUCAAUUUGUCUUGCUCGUCUUAAUGCUAACCAGUAUAUUAGUUGUUCUUAAAACUUACGCCAAGAUCAAAUUUAGGUUGAACUUAUAUGAGAACAUUUUUGACCUGAGAAAUUGCUUUUAUGGAGUUUCUAAGUUAUAUUUGGUAAAUUCUAGGAAAACGGCAAGAGCGGAAAAGUAAAUAUAGGUUGGUCUAAAACCGCACAGUACUUCUUAGUAAGAAUUGUAGAAGCACUGAUAUCCUUGCCCA